AUGUCCCACUACCGUAGAAGACUCAGUUUAUUGGUUUUGGCGAGUGUCCUUGUACUGUUAGUUCUCUACACUAAUUCAAGAGAAGAUUUUUGGACGAGUAACGAACUAGUGCAAGGGUCGACUGUAGAGACAACCGCUUUAUUCCAUCCUGAUGAAGGGAAUGGGUCAUCUGAACCGCAUUUGGGCUGGAGUGCAACCAUGUGUGAUCCCAGAUCGUGGCUAAAGAGGGGGAAGCUGCGUCAAUACUGCCAGAAGUAUGCACAUCUGAAUGUGCCUGCUUCUCCCGUGUACUGUGAGAGGUUUCUGCGCCCCGGGAUGCCUCCGUGUGGGUUUUACGUUGGAGGUGUGUUCAGGAAGCCACUGAAGCUGCUCUCA